AUGUCUUCUUUCAUUUCAUUCACUUCCUGGAUAUCUGUGCCUGGUUCUCCCCAAAUCUGCUCUUGCAGAGUGUUUCAGAGUACGGAUUUGACGAGCACGGUUGGCUAUGACAACAUCAUUCAACAUUUGAAUGACGGCAGGAAGAACUGCAAAGAGUUUGAAGACUUUUUGAAGGAAAGGGCAAUCAUAGAAGAAAAAUAUGGCAAGGAGCUCAUUAACUUGUCAAAGAAGAAGCCCUGUGGGCAGACAGAGCUGAACACCCUGAAGAGAUCUCUUGAUGUUUUCAAGCAACAGGUAGACAAUGUGGGGCAAAGUCACAUCCAGCUGGCACAAACCCUUCGUGAGGAAGCAAAGAAAAUGGAGGACUUCAGAGAAAAGCAAAAACUGCAUCGGAAAAAGAUAGAGCUCAUAAUGGAGGCGAUUCACAAAAACAGGAAUUUGCAGUACAAGAAGACCAUGGAGGCUAAGCGGCUCUAUGAACAACGCUGCAGGGACAAAGACGAGGCAGAGCAGGCUGUGCACCGCAAUGCAAAUCUGGUCACACAGAAGCAGCAGGAGAAGCUCUUCCUGAAGUUGGCUCAGACAAAGUCAGCUCUGGAAGACUCUGACAGGAGUUACCAGCAGAAUAUUGCUGCACUGGAGAAGAUCCGGGAAGAAUGGCAGAAAGAACACAUCAAAGCUUGUGAGUUCUUUGAGACUCAGGAGUGCGAACGGAUCAACUACUUCCGCAGUGCCCUGUGGCUUCACGCCAACCAGCUCUCUCAGGACUGUGUGCAGAAUGAUGACAAAUAUGAGGAAAUCCGCAAGAGUUUAGAAAUGUGCAGCAUUGAGAAGGAUAUUGAAUUUUUUGUAAAUUUACGCAAAACUGGAAGUUUGGCCCCAGCUCCUGUUGUUUAUGAAAACUACUAUAAUGCACAGAGAAAUGCAACACCUGUGAGAAGUCAGGCGCCUGUACCUAUAUCAAGGAGAGGACCUUUACCCACCCCGACCAGCGGGCCAGAUGAUCCUGAUUACGUUACAGUCGAUGGCUACAGCUUGAUACAUCAUUAACAGCCACAGUUCUCUGGGCAGUACUUCCAAGCAGAAGAUGUUGUCCGUCUGACCAGCGUGACAGAGGCCAUGUUUUUAGUUAUUCCCAGCAAUACAGAACUGAAGUGCUUCUCCGUUUUAAGAAAGUAAUUGAGGACUCUGAUAAUUACUUGUACAUUCAGAACGUGACUGCUAAAAAUCUGCUCCUUUCAUCAGCAAACUCUGGAGACAGACAUCUCAUCUUCACACUCAGGGAAAGAAAAGGAAUAUAAGCACUGGACCUGGACACAAGGGGAUCUUCUGUGUCAGCAGAAAUUUUGAUUUGAAGUUCUUUUAAUGUGUGCUCAUCUGGAAGAGUCUGGAGCCUUUUACUCUCUAGAUAACUGAGAAGUCACAUGUGCCAAGAGGAGCUCUGUGUGAUGCUUUGGGCACGCUGGUUUGUGUUGAGAGCAUACAUAUCCUACGCAGGUCUAAGGUUAUUCAAAGCUGAGGUUCCACUUUGGCCCACUUCUAAAGUUUGUCAUUAGUGUGAUUAAGUUUGUAAUCUGGACUUAAUUUUAGUAAUGAGUCUCAGGGAGCUUAUUUAGAGCAGCACCAGGGAUUACAAUGCUAAACACAGGUCUGGCUUUGCUGUACAUGUGCUCCAGGUUUAGGCACUGAUACUGAAAGUUGAUUUGUAUCUUGCCUGGUGUAGCAGCCCUCGGCACAGCCACCAAGGGAGGCUGAGUUGCUACAGAGCUGCUGGGAAGUCACUCACCCUAAAAGGCUAUUGAAGAUCUGAAAGGAAGUCGGUCGGCUCUUCCAGCCACCCUCUGUAGAGGGGCUUGCAUUUUUUUAGGUUCAUGGGCUCUGCAGACCUGACUUUGGCUAACUUCUAGGACUCCCUGCACUUUGGACACAUAUUGAUGCUAGAUCCAGGCUCAGAACCCAGUUUUUGGGGACAUUGGAGUGAUGGCAUAAAUGAAAGGGAAAUUGUCAAUUGUUUAUCCUGAUCCCUUCCUCCUCUGCUCUAAUAAUAAGCUUGACAAUAAAAUAUUUUUCUGACCACGUUUCCUGUCUCCCAGAGGCAUACUCAGCAGUAAUCCUGCUGGGAUCUGGUUCUGUUUCCCUCUGAAGCCCAUAGCAGAAUUUCCAUUUACAAUUGGGGACUGACCACACAUGAUUAGAAACAAACUUGGCUACUAAUGUUGGCUUGGAGCCAUGAGACUCUUUCCUGAUCAGAUCUCCUCAAAGUUUGUGCCCCUUUUGUUACCUCGUGUCUGAUGAUUGCUUUGAUUCAUAAGCACACAUUUUUCAGGGCUGUUAGCCUCACCGAAGUCUCCAUGUGCAGUGUUACUUAACAGCUCCCUCAGUGCCUUACGUCCAUCAGACCUAGGGAUGGGACACAGGGACAUCAGGAUAGAAUUUUAUUUGUCUAAAUCCGGUGCCACGUGACUCACUUUGAAGUGACAAAAAUGAUUCUUCAUUCAGUUGUAUGAUGUUCUUCAAGGUGAAUCUGCAUGACUUCAGUGCGUACCCAAGCCCAUCAUCGGUUUCUGGAGCUUUGCUGUAUUUCCUUGUGUGGAAGAGACCACAGUGAGCUUUAAAUUCUGUCUGACUGCAUUGUAAUGAAAUGUACAAAGUGCACAUGUAAAGGAAUAAUUUGCCCUAUUUUUCUCUAGAAGACCAAAUCUCCUAAUAUUCUU